GCAAGAAAAUGAAAAGUCGAUGAGUUUUUCUUGCAUAAACACUUAUUUUCAAUACCAAGAUUGCCCUCAAAAUAUAAUUUAUGUCUUCCAGGGGACAGAGUAGAGGGCCUGCACCAUAUAGAGGCCGUGGUCGAGCAAGGGGGCGCGGCAGGGGCUUUGUUCCAAGGGGUGGAUCUCGAGGCCGUGGUCCAGGGGCAUGGGAUGGUUUUGACAACGGCCACGGGGUAAGGGAUGGUGGUGAUAGACAUGAGCGUGCUGCCGGCAAUGAAAACUUAGGUCAUGGCCAUGGCCAUGGGGACAAUGAGGGCAGCAGACAUUACUCUGACAGAUCUAGACCCUCAUCUCAAGAUUACAUUGACAAAUAUGGAGCAAGUUCUGCACUGCAAGGAGAUAAGCCAAAAGAGCCAGAACCAAAUCCAGCGCUCGACAUCUUUGCUGAUGAGUCUGACAAAAAACUGAGCAUUGAUGAAAUCGCUGCAAGUCGUCGCGAGGGCCUUCGAAUAACUGUGAAGAAUAAACAUGCAGAAGCAGAAGCUCGCCCUGAUCUGCCACCUCUUGGCGGGUCUCCUAUUGUGCCUGCACAUGCUACAGAUGGAAAUAGUAGAGACCCCCGCAUUAGUUCAAGAGAUCCUCGCUUAAGUGCAUCAUCGUCUUCAAGGGAUCCCCGACUCGGUUCAAGAGACCUCCGUACUAGUUCAAGUGAUGGUUAUCAUCGUGAUGGCAACCAUAGCGCUAGUAGUUCAAGUCGGGAGAGAAGUCGUGAUGGAUAUGAUCUUGAUAAGUCAUGGGGAAGAGCACGACCUGAUGACCCAGAUCGACAAAGAUCGCAUGGUUAUGAGAGUCACGCCAAGCUAGCUGCCCCUGCUAUGUCCUCUCGGUCACGCUCAAAAUCCCCCAUAGUUAUCAGGAAACCAGUCCAUGAGAGGCUUGGUCAAGUCUUAGGAGAAAAGCCAAGUGCCCCACCAGUAGCAGUAGAGGAAAAGGUCCUUCCUUACCAGUCGGCUGAAUCGCUGAGGAUAACCGUGGGAAACGACAAAUUCAAGAACAGCUUUGAACCUGCGCCUCUUAAACCAAUGGAAAUUCGGCUUGGUCCAACUCCUGCAGCACCACCAGCAGUCGAAAUUGAAUAUGGAAAUGAUAAGAGUAACUACAGAGGCAGUGAACGAGACCGCCAUUCUCAGGAUAGAGGGAGAGACUCUGAAAGAAGCUACAGGGACUCUGCUCGAGGAGGGAGUCGUGAAUCUGAUACAAGAGACUACAGGGCAUCAGAUAGGGGGAGGAGGGAAUCGACAGACUAUGAUAAGAGGUAUUCUGGUGGGAAGGAUGAUCGAUAUUACAGAGAGGACCGAAGUACUUAUGGGCGGAGUGAAUCAGAUUGGCGAGGAGAAUCUGAUCGUCACGGACAAAACAUUGCCGAACGGAAUGAUAAAUACCCUAGUAAUAAAGAUGACAAAUACUCAAGUGACCUAGGGUACAAACGCCGUAGCCAGGAAAGAGACCAUGACCGUGAGCAACGUAGUCAUUCAGGAAGUAUGGAGAAAGACAGUAAGCGAAAAUAUGAGAGUAUGUCAGCUGAUUUUGGAAAUGAUCCAUACAGCAAGGCUGAGAGAGAGCGCUUGAGGAUACAUGCCAUCCUUGAACAAAAUGAGGCUGCAAAGAAAUUACGUCAGAAAUCUCCAGAGCGUGAUACCCCUCCACCUGUGCAGGGACAAAGUGGUCCAGAUUUAGAUGAUGAUCUGUAUGGAGGACAUGUACCACCUACAACUGAAUCGGGCCCUAAAAAGUCCAUUCUUAAAGGUCCCAAGAAAUCUAUCCUGAAGAAGUCUGAGCCAAAGCCUGAAACGAGGGAAGCUGUGUACGACGCCUUUCCGUCUGGAUUGCCUGUGAAUACUAGUUCCCCUGCACCAUUUCCAAACUUGGAUGCAAGGCCAAUGGAAAAGGCACAGCCCCUCUUCCCGAUUGGUAAACCCCCAGCUCAGCCAGCAGGUCCACUUAUACCAGGCAUUGGAGUUUAUGAUGAAGAUAUAGAAGAUGAGGAAGCGUUCCUUUAUGGGUCGGCUGAUGUACAUGUAGGAAAGAAAUCCUAUGAGCCAGUCUCAAGAAAACCUGACCUACCUGUACGGCAGACAAGCAAUGCACCUUCCUCCCAGUACCAAAGUUUCGACUAUGGCCAUGGGAGUAUUAACACCAGUUCUGCACCAUUAUCCAUGGUUAGUACGACUAAUGCUACAGAUAUGUAUAAACCACCCGUUCAACAGGAUCCUUAUCAGCCAGAAGAACUCCACUCGUCAAACCUGAUGCCCGAGUCAAUGACUUCUACCAAGUUGCAUUUAGGUGAACCAGUUACUGAGCCUGUGGUACAAGAGCCUGUUGUACAACAGCCAGCAAAAGAAGAGAAAGCCUAUGAUCCUACCAUUGAAAACAUAUUGAAAUCAAUUGGAUUCAACUUUGACCUUUCCAAGAAGAUUCAAGAUAUGAAGAAGAAAGAGAGAGAAAAAGUGACCAAAACAUCAAAACAGAAGCCACAGUCUAGCCAGUUUGGCAUCAAUCAGACUGCAUCAUUCUUGAGUGGCGGCUUGUCCGCUAUAGACAUUGGAUCAGCUUUUGCAAAGUCAACCACCACACCAGCACCUGUGAAGAAUGAAUUGGAUAUUGAUAGCCUGAUCAGAGAUGCCAAAACAAAUGUUAUUGAGUCACGAAAAGAGUAUGGAAGGGAGCACUCGUCAACAAGGUCAUCACAAAGGUCACCCCAAAGACAUGAGCGAUCACGGUCUCCAUCAAGGCAUGAGCGAUCUCCGUACAGAUCAUCGAGACAGUCACCUGAUCGUAAUCACAGAAGAUCUCCAUCUCCUUUGAGGCCAAGUCGCAGAUCACUUUCGCCCAUACGACCAGCAAGACGUAGAUCACCAUCGCCUCUUCGCCGGACAAGACGCUCUCAAUCACCAGAUCGUUCACGGUAUUCUCAGUCACGGUCUCCGAGAAGAUCAAGGUCAAGAUCACCACCUCGUGAACGCGCAGAUAGCUAUGGCUCACCUCAUCCUGCAAGUGGCUACCCACAAGGCUAUCCACCGGUGUCUGGGCCUCCGCAACUGGGCAUGCCACCGCUGAGUGGGCCACCAACCAGCACCUACGACUACAGUUAUCCACCGCCAAUGACCACUUACCCCGGUGGUCCGCCAGCGCCUCCUCCUGGGCCACCACCACCAGGGUUUCCGAUGCAUGCAUUUCCUGGAUUUCCGCCACCAGCACCAGGUUAUGAAUACAGCCAGGCUCCCUAUCAAGAUCCGAACUAUGCUUACCAAGGCUAUAGCUACGAUAGUUCCUACCCUGCUCCAGAAGCUGAAGAGUUCCCACAUGUCCCCGGAGACUUUGUACCAGAUAAAGAAGAUGAGACCGGUAAAGCAAAGAAAGAAAAGAAAGAGCAUUCAUUUUCCAAUCUUCGGGUGAUUCAAACGGAGGAUGAACCAGUGCCUCCUGGGAUGGAAGAGUUCCCACCAUUGAAACCCAAAGCAGAGGAAAAGAAGAAGGAACAGAAGAAGGAACACAAACCCAAGUUGUCAAAAGCUGAUGUGGAUAAGUUAGCCGGCGAGCGAGAGGAACGUCAGAAACGACUAUCUGCUUUGGAGAUGGAGCUAGGAAAGUUACAAAAACAACAAAAUGAGAUGAUGAGGAAGGUUUCACGCCAAAGAGGAGGCAAUAAGGACCCCCUUUUGCUUCAGAAUACUCAACUACAAGAUGAGAUCACCGCCCAGGUGAAGGCCCUGAAAAAGAUCAUUGAAGAUAACACAAAAUCACUAAAAGCUAGUGGUUAUAAGGGUCCCUCUGUUCCAACUGUGCCAGGAGCCAAUCCCGAUCCUCCCGACAUCGUUAAAAAAGAUGUGAAAGAAAAGGAAAAGGAGCGGGAAAAAUUCAAGUUCAAGUUGGAUAAAAAAUCAAAAGUUGAGCUGAAGGUCAAGGAAGAUUCUAGUGACUCUGACAACGAGGAAGAGUUUGAUUACUUUGACAAGGGACUCCAUUGGUGCUCCAUGUGCAACUUCUGUGGCAAUAAAUUACAAGAUCUUUUUCAUCAUAUGCAGACUGAUCGUCACCUGAAGAAAGUCGGUGUAUUGGAGGCGCCAUGGGUUCCAGCAAAACUUCUGAAGCCUAAAAAAACCAAAAGCAAAGUAAAGGAGCAGAGACCUAUGUCAGGUGUUGAAUUCAUGCGUCCCUGUGUGACUGCAUUCUUUUGUUCGCUGUGCAAGAUCUUUGAAGGGGAUGUACUGUGUAUGGAGGCUCAUCUAAAGUCCAAGAAACAUAACCAAGCCUAUGUACAAUAUACUCUGGCACAUCCCUUCUAUGAGCGGUGCUACAAUCUGGACAAGGAAGCCGGCUUUAAAAAGUGUAACAUGAAAAAAGUACAAGAAAUGAGGGCAGAAGAGGCUAAGAGGAGUCAGUCGAUGCAAAAAGAUCGGGAUGAGAAGUCACGGCUUGCCGAGGAAAAGAACAGGGAGCUAAUCGAGAGGGAGAAAUAUCGGGAUCGAUGGGUGACGGAAUUGGACGAUUGCGAUAGGUCUCGCGAGUACUCACGCAAGGAUUACAAAUAUGAGCGUGACAGCUCGCGUCGUGACGGUAGUAGAGACACUCGCGAGAAUAGCAGAGAUCGUCGCGAUGACCGUCGUGACGACCGACGGGAUGACCGCCGUGACGAUCGCCGUGACGAUCGUCGAGAUGAUCGCCGGGAUCGUUCUUACAGGAGUAGUCGUGAUGAGUGGGAGUCAACUUAUCAUAGUCGAAGGGAGGAAUAUCGUUCUUUAAACAAAGGGGAGGAUCGUGAUAAAAGUAACGACUCAACAGAGGAAAAGGAAAAACGGGUGAUUAUCCGUUCUGGCCCGAAAUCUUUGCCUGAGGAUGAAAGCAAGCAAAAUAAGGAGAACUCCAUGCGUAUUAAUAAGGAAGUUAUUGUUCAAAGUGUUCAGCCAGCAAAUAUUGAUCUUUCUGGUGUCGUUAAAGAUGUCAGGAUGACAACUGACUCGGAUGAAUUGGAUGACAUCAUACUGCCAGCACCACCGAAAAAGAUUUCCAUCAAGUUGUCUGGUAAGGGUAGUACGUCUUCUAAGCCUUCGAAACCGUUGGCCUCAUUGAAGAAGGUUGAUGGGACAAAAGUGACAAAGGAUUUGUUCUUCAUCGGGAAAAAGCGCAAGCCGCAACUUUCGUCAAAACUGAUAUCUGAGGCAUUUAGUGGAAAGGAGGCAGAGGAAGAGAAAAAAGAUGAAUCAAAAGAGAAGGAGAAGGAAAUUAUGGAAAUGCUUCAGCGACAGCUGGCACCAAUUGUUUCCAAAAUUUCUGGGACUGGUGCUUCUGAAGGCAAAAAAGAGGAGGAGUCUGCUGUGGAUGUCAUGCAGACGUCAGUUGAAGCUGAGACCAAAAGUGAGGUGAAGGUACCUAAGUCAGAUAGUGUUCCCAGUGCCGUCAUGUCGGCAGUUAUGGCCAGGAGGGAAGAGGAAAUGAAACACUCUGCUGACAAUUACGAUGCUACACCUAUGGACGAGGAUUCCACGCAGUCGUCUCAGGUAUCCAACAUGGAUGAAUCGUCAAACAUGGAGGACUCGUGUCCGGAUGAUAUGAUUGGCCCGAAGCAGCGGCCAGAUCCAGACACUUUGAACGAUAUGAAAAUGUUAGGUCUUGAUGUUGGGGAUAUUCCUGCGCCAAUGUUUGGUAAGCCACCUCUGAUUAUGCCACAACCAAAUGUGCAUUCGUCUGCGAGUACGGCAUCAUCAAGUGCUACAACUGUGUACAACUUGUUCAAUAAAGAGGAAGAACAAAACAGGGCAACAUAUGGACCUUCAUUGCCACCAUCAAGUGGAACAGGUUCCACAUCCUAUGAUCCUGAUUGCCCCAGCUCGGAUUCGCAACCAGCGUUCUAUUUGGGUGCCAUUCCUGUCCCUCCACCUCCUCCUCAAUCCAAGGUGGCUGAUUCAGGACAGAGUGAAGCGCAGCAGCCACAAACUGUGCAGCUGAAACAGACCAGUGUACCUGCUGCUGCAACACGACGAGCAAUGAUGCGUACAACGAUACCUUUACCAGUUCAGGAGGAGGCUAAACCUGAACCAAAGGCUCCUGGUACUGAAACUAUCAGUCUGCCACCCCAGCCUGUCAGGCGUGUCUCUCCAAGAAGAGCAAAACCAGUGGUGACUGCAGGAACACAGGAACCUAGCCCUGCCAGUAAGGAAUCACCAAGAACAGAGCCUGGACCACCUGGGAUAGAGCCUGGACCACCUGGGACAGAGCCUGGACCACCUGGGACAGAGCCUGGACCACCUGGGACAGAGCCUGGACCACCUCGGACAGAGCCUGGACCACCUGGGACAGAGCCUGGACCACCUGGGACAGAGCCUGGACCACCUGGGACAGAGCCUGGACCACCAAGAACAGAGCCUGGACCACCUGGGACAGAGCUUGGACCACCUGGUAUGGAGAAAUGUGAUCUACCAGAAAAUGGAGAUGAUGAGGGAAGCGAAGGGAGUGGUAUCAGCAUGGAAAUCGGCAGCGAGGACGACGAUAUGGAGGAGACUUGAAUGCGGAGAUGCAAAGGAAUUACGCAGAGCUAGCUAUACUUGCAAUAUAAACCGGACUUCGCAGAUUAUAGUACAACAGUAGUGACAUCUAUUGUAGAAUGCUCUUAUGGAUAUUGUCUUGGAUAUCUUGCAACAUGAGAUAAGAACUUCUAGAGCAAUGGGGAAAUGAAUGCUAGAUAACAUGGAACGGUUCAACCAUGCUUGUGUGUGUGUACAGGCUGUUGCCUGGUCAAAGCUGUGGAGGAGAGAAUAAUGAUAUUGCAAAAAGGACACGAGUUAAAGACCAGUUUUUAUCUAGACUGAACUUGAGGCGGUACUCAUAGGAUUGGCAGUUGUUGUACAGAAUUUUGUGUAAAAUGCAUUUUUAUAUGUCUUAGUGCCUUUCACAUAUGAUGAAAGACCAAGCAUUUUGAAGAAAAUAUGUUGAAGUGAAAUCUUUUGGUCAGCAUCGUUGAUUUUACAAGGUAUUGAUGUGCAACCAGUGUUUCUUCAAAAGGCUUUGAUGAUGGACGACUUUGUGUUCUGUGUUGUGUAUAUAAGGUUGCACCAAAGACCUGGUGCCUGUGACAGAAUGAUUAUGUAAAUGGAAAAUUCUGGAACAUACUAACUUUUGUAAAAUAUGAUUAACGCUUUCUCAUUUGUACUCGGUAUACAGAGAACGUCAUGAAUGUGUAACCAACUAGGUUGUCGGAUCAUGCUUGAGCAGUUGUGGCAAACAAAUGGUAUUGCAACAUUUUUAACUCCAAGAUGGUGGAAGGGCAUUGUUAGCCCUUGCUUUGGAGAGAAAUUUCCUUGAGACAUGAAUAUAACUUCACUGUAAAUUCAGCCAGGAGCCAUCAUAAGUUUAGUCGGGCACCUGCCUCCAGCAUGUCCAAAUGGAAUGUUUUAUUUAGACGGUAACUGGCUCCUGGGUGAGUUUCCAGUAUAGCUAACUGUCUCCAUGAUCUAGUUGUGGAAUUGCAUUACAUUUCCUGGAUGUUGAAGGAAUUGGCCACAAAUUGGUUCAGGAAGUGAUAUUCCAUGAUACAAGUUCGCUAUAUCAGGUAUGUGAAUCGACCACAUUCAGACAUAAUUCGUUUUACAGCAUGCAGGGUGCCCCAAAUAUAAGUGUUGCAAGUCAAGUGUCCUUGGUUCUGCAAUUCAGCAAAUCACAUUCAGCAAAUGACCACAUUCAGCAAAUCAAUGUACAUUUUGCCCUGGGACACCCUGUAUUCUUCAAUGAUCUAUGCAGCAUAAUGGCUGCUAAUCUUUGAAUGAAUCGGCUUAAAAACAACACUGUUAAUGUUGACCAUUAUCAAUGAUGUCUAAUUUCGUCACCAGGUUGCAUAAUGCUACAAUAGCUGAGGAAUUCACUUUUGUGUUUUCAAUACCUUUGUGUAUACAUGUAAUUCCAUGUUCUAUGAUGCCUAUUGUUGUUAUAGUGCAUUGUUGUUUUGACUCUAUAUUGAAUAAUCGUGGAUCAAGAACUACCUAAUUAUGGCUUUCAAUGCUUUGUCAUUGUAUCUGCUGGCUUACGUCUUGUGUACAUGGUAAAGCAAUUGGUGCUGUGCUGUGCAUUAUACAUGUAUUGUGGACAAGUAGACAAAUUUUCAAGUCAAAUUGUAUGCAUUUGAAAAUGUGGUGGUUUUAAAGUACUUUUUUCCUGUACAGGAUCUUAAGUAGAGCCAGCUACAGCAUUUGGAUUGUCUUUUCUAUGAAAAAUGACAUUUCUUUCCAUUAAUUUUUAUACUUUAUUGGUCCUAGGUAAAGACUGUGGAAAGUGCCUGGUAAAUGACCCAAGCUCGGCUACCUGAGAGAAAAAGCGGAGAUUCCUAAGACAGAGACAAGGCUUCACUUGGAGAGAUAAUGUUUUAUUUCAUGUAUAUAUUCUAAUCGCUCACUAUAAUGUACCGUACAUUAGAACAAACUGCUUGUAGUUGUCCGUAGAAUAAAUUUAGUUGUGCCUUCAAA